UGGAGCUCGCGCGCGUGACAGACAGCGGCUCUCGUCACGAUCACAUGACAUGACCAAGCACCUGGCUACUUCCUGUAUUCCUCUGCUAGCCGACUCUGCUAGAGACUGCGACCUACUGUGCCAUCCGAGAUGCUGGCCCUCAUCAACAGACUGCUAGACUGGUUCAGGUCGCUGUUCUGGAAGGAGGAGAUGGAGCUCACGUUAGUGGGGCUCCAGUACUCCGGGAAAACCACCUUUGUCAACGUGAUUGCCUCGGGUCAGUUCAGUGAAGACAUGAUCCCCACAGUCGGCUUCAACAUGAGGAAGGUCACUAAAGGCAACGUGACGAUAAAGAUAUGGGACAUAGGAGGACAGCCCCGCUUCAGAAGCAUGUGGGAGCGCUACUGCAGAGGAGUCAAUGCAAUCGUAUACAUGGUGGAUGCAGCAGACCGGGAAAAAAUAGAAGCUUCCAGAAAUGAGCUGCACAACCUUUUAGAGAAGCCGCAACUACAAGGAAUUCCUGUUCUAGUCCUGGGAAACAAGCGAGACUUACCCAGCGCGCUCGACGAGAAGCAGCUGAUUGAAAAAAUGAACCUUUCUGCUAUUCAGGACAGAGAGAUCUGCUGCUACUCUGUUUCCUGCAAAGAGAAAGACAACAUAGAUAUCACGCUGCAGUGGCUCAUCCAGCACUCAAAGUCACGGAGAAGCUGAAGGCGAAGGCUUGGUUUGUCCUCCUCUUCCUCUCCUCCAGCUACAGCUCAGACGCCUCCCCUCCCCGGUCCCGGGUCCUCACCGGUCUGCCCCUUCCACUGCCUCUGUGAAAUAUUCCAGCUCUGUGCUCACCUCCACCUCCCAUCGUCCUCUGGAGUCCUGCUUCUUCCCGCCUCAUCAUUACCAGUCGAAGACGCGCCGCGCGUCUCUUUUCGUUCGUCCCGGCGGGACACAUAAACAUGUGAUUGUACUUUCAAAUUGUUCUUUGCCAAACGAUGAUGGUUGCUUCUGCUGAUGCCUUUGAUUCCUCUUAGCUUUUGGUUUUGCUGGCAGGCGGAGGCGUCCGCUUUAAUCGGGCAAAACUGGCCUCGGUUUACACAAAAAAAGGGUUCACAGGACGGUUGUGUCUAAGGCAAAAACAAAAGAAAUCCUGAGCAAAAUUUUAAGUGCCUUCGACUAUGAGAGCGUCCCAAUCGGAGAGCUGUGGCUCCUCCUCCGACCUGCUGUUAUCCCUCAGCCCGCGGUUCAGACCACCUCUUGACAAUCUCAUGUUUUGUAAUUAAAUGAGCUCACUAGAAUGUCUGGGAAGUGGUGCUCCAAUUUGAGCUGAUGAGAAAAGUUACACUUCUGGGUGAAUUGGUGUGCAGUUUGGAGAUUUUGGCCACUUUGGGCAUGUCGACACAGGCAGCAGAGGUCACCAUGUUGAUCCGCUUUUGCCUCAACCCUGUCCAGGAGCAGCACGGGUUUUGCUCCGUCAAUCAAUAAUUCAGAGGCCAAUGAAUGUCCAGAUCUGCAGAGUCCAGCCCCUCCCUCUUCCUCUUUGAUCAUUUUAAUCAAUCACGUCAAUUGCUCGGACCACAGCCGCAUUGAGGGCAGCGGGUUGUUCUGCAGAAAGCUGUUUGGUGUCAUGAUUUGUACGUGCAUGUGCUUAUCCACGUUCUAUUGCAGAUUUGUAAAUAAAGACGUUAGCCUUUUUAUUCAGACAUACUGAUGUAGAUGUCAUGCAUUCUCUCCCUGUGACUGCUAAUAAAUGUGUUUUUAUUUUUAAG